GGAGAAAUGGGAAUGGAAGAGAAAAGAUUCACGUUCCCCAGUGUUUGGGCUAGGUCUUUUGCUUUCUUCGUAAUUCCCCAUGUCCAAUUAAAAGCUCUCAAUUUCUUCUUCCUGUGCUCCCCCAACCUUUUUCGCCAUUGUUGGAGCUUCAAUCUUCAGCCCAAACGCUUGAUUUUCCCUCUCCAUUGACGAAAAGAUGAGGGAGUGCUAUCGAUUUGUCUUGCUAGUGGUGUUUGCAUGGUUGGUGAAAGGCUUGCAUGCUAGUGCAGGAGAUAUUGACCCACAAUACAGGACUUGCGUUAAACAAUGUGAAAAAAUAGGAUGCAUUGAUCAGCAAUGCUUUCCUCAGUGCAAAUUCUCUACGGAUGGUGUUUCUGUUGAUCAGCCAUGGUAUAUGCAAGAACCACUUUACUUAAGAUGGAAACAAUGGGACUGCCAAAGUGAUUGCCGUUACCAUUGUAUGGUCAAACGGGAGAGCGAAAGAGAAGCACUUGGUUAUCAUCCUGUUAAAUAUCAUGGCAAAUGGCCCUUCAAGCGUAUAUAUGGGAUCCAGGAACCUGUUUCUGUAGCAUUCUCUGCCCUCAACCUUUCAAUGCAUUUUCAUGGCUGGCUGUCCUUUUUUAUCCUUCUAUAUUACAAGUUACCUUUGAGACAAGACAAGAAGGCAUAUUAUGAAUUUGCCAGUUUGUGGCACAUUUAUGCACUCUUUUCAAUGAACUCUUGGUUUUGGAGUGCUGUUUUCCACAGUCGUGACGUGGAUCUGACCGAGAAAUUAGAUUACUCAUCUGCUGUGGCAGUACUUGGGUUUUCACUCAUUCUGGCGAUUCUAAGAAGUUUCAAUGUGAGGCAUGAGGCUACCAGAGUCAUGGUUGCAGCUCCUUUGCUUGCUUUUGCACUUACGCAUAUCUUAUACAUCAACUUCUACGAACUAGAUUAUGGGUGGAACAUGAUUGUUUGUGUUACCAUGGGCAUCUCUCAACUUCUAAUAUGGGCAAUCUGGGCUGGUGUAACUCAUCAUCCUUCUCGCUGGAAACUGUGGAUGGUGGUUGUGGGCGGUGGCUUAGCACUACUACUUGAAAUCUAUGAUUUUCCACCGUAUGAAGGUUUUGUAGAUGCUCAUGCUCUCUGGCACGCCACUACCAUCCCUCUCACUUAUGUUUGGUGGAGUUUUAUCAGAGAUGAUGCUGAGUUUCAAACCUCCAAAAUUCUCAAGAAGUCCAAAUAGCCUUGUCUCUUGUUGAAUUCCUCUUGCUUGUUCCAUUUGGGGUGUUUCUGAAGCUUACUGUUCUUCCCCCGCCCCCCAUUCAUUUGAAGCUGGAAAAGAAAAAUUAGGCAUUGUUGUAUAACAAACAUUUCCAGUUUUUGGGGAGAAUGAGGUUGGGACCUUUUAUUUUCUUCCUUCCUCCAAGGCCUUUUUUUUUGAGGAGCCUAAAUUGUACCAGAAUUUGGUUUGGAUUAUUUUAUAGAUAUUUAUUGUUCGAAAGCGUUCAGCUUCUAUUCCAA